AAACAUUCCUCUUCGGUAUGGAACACUUGCGAAAGAGAAACUAAACUAGCAGCUUCAAGAACCUUCUUCCAUUGUUAUAAAACCCAAAGCUCCUCCUUCAAACAGAACACUUGAACAGCGAGAGACAGAGAAAUUAUAUCAUUAUUGGCAGCGAAACAUGUCAGAAAACAUGGAGAAGGAUCACAAUCGGCGAGUUGGAGUAGCCAUGGAUUACUCUGCAACAAGCAAAUCAGCUUUAAAAUGGGCUGCUCAUAACCUUCUUACCCAUGGAGAUCAAUUGAUCUUGAUCCAUGUUGAGCCUCCUAAUUCUGAUACUCCCAGAAAGCUCCUCUUCCAACACACUGGCUCACCUUUGAUUCCUCUUGAGGAAUUCAGAGAGAUUAAGUUGGAGAAGCAGUAUGGACUGAGAAAUGAUGCAGAAGUUCUCGAUGUUCUUGACUCAUUGGCUUCAACCAAAGGGGUGAGAGUUGUGGCUAAGGUUUAUUGGGGCGAUCCAAGGGAGAAAUUGUGUGAGGCUGUGGAGGAUCUUAAGCUUGAUUCGCUUGUUCUUGGUAGCAGGGGUUUAGGCUCUAUCAAGAGGGUAUUGAUUGGGAGUGUGAGCAGCUACGUUGUGAAGAAUGCUUCAUGUCCUGUUACUGUGGUGAAGGGGAAGCCAUUGCCAUUGCCAUUGCCAAACUCCAAGCCUUGAUUCUUAAAUCUAUUUCGCCUAUUCUAAUGAGUAUUUAGAGACGUUUUUGUUAUUUCUAAUAAUAUGGCUCAAUGUUUCUUUCAAAAUAUUUAGUUCGUUUUGCUUACCUGUAACAGUUCAAGUUUAUCGUUAGUAGAUAUCGUUCUCAGAUGGUGAAAGAAUCAUCGUAUGCCCUCGAAGAUAGAUUAUUACGAGCCACACUUGGCAUUCAGGUAUCACCUUCAAAAGAAAUCUGGCUAAAACUAUCUAUAGACGGUAGGGAUCGAGUUAUUGAUGUGAGAUGGAUCCAGAAAAAAGGGGAUCGAGUUAUAAUCUAGAAAUGAUUCGUGUAUAUAUUUCACAGAAAGGCAGUGGGAAGAAAUGGAAAUAAGGUAUUGUUUA